AUGAUGCCCUGCAGCAUUUCCUGCCAACAUAAAGCCGCAAGAAGAGCGCUACACAUGGGUGAAGACAACGUUCACGGCUGCUUGAUUUGCCAUGCAGAGUUUGCAGAUUCACUUCAGUUCUAUGAGCAUGUAAUGGAACACGCUGACGCCCAGAGUGGCGACGAUGAAGUAGACGAUCUUCCGGGUCACGAUCCUACACCUGCAGAGUUACCGGAGUCUAAUGAACAAGACGGAUAUCUGGCAGCUAGUAGUGAGGUCUAUUCAAAAUGCCCGACUAGUCCAGUUCCUCUGUUUACCCCUUUUCCUGCCAACUUCGUUGGAGGCCCAAGUGUUUCUACUGUCUACCAAAUGCAACCUCCCGGGAACUUCGCAGCACGCUACGUCGCUUAUCCUCAACACAUGAGUGCAGGCAUUCCGUAUCAGUUUGCGUAUCCUCACGUGCCCAAGUGCACUCCUUCGCACUUCCCAGGUGUGCCUACAAGCACCGAAGUCUCGUAUCACAAUCAUGGGGCACCAGACUACCCGGUCUGUUGCGUUGACUUGACACUGGACGAAGUGAACGGCCAAGAACGGUUCACUUCACAAACAAAGUCUAUUGGACAGCAGUUUGGCGACAUGGAGAAAUUCACAACGCAUUUCAAAGAGAGAAGAAUCAGACUGGGAUAUACACAGGCUUCUGUUGGCCUCGCCAUGGAAAAACAUUAUGGCAUUGCAUUUAGUCAAACGACAGUGUCUAGGUUUGAAGCCAUGCAGCUAAAUUUCCACAAUCUAGCCAAGCUAAAACCACUCUUUGAGGAAUGGCUAGACUAUGAAGAGAAAGAAGUGACAAAAUCUCAGGAAGGGCGCAUGCCCUUCAGAAAAAGGAAGAAACGGACAUCCUUUCGCCCACAAGCCAAAUUAGCAUUGGAGAGUCAUUUUAAACAUCAGCCCACCCCAAGCUCUAGUGAAUAUGCAAUACUAGCGGAUGCAUUGGGAUUAGACAAAGAAGUUGUUCGCAUUUGGUUUUGUAAUCGACGUCAAAAGGAACGUAAAGUUACUAUGAAGAGACAAAGUGAAGGAAGUUGUAGCUCACAACAUUGUGACAAUGACGUGGAAACCGACAGUCCAGAUGAGAGUUGCAAUAAGGAACCAUCAGAGAGCUACUCAGAUGAUAUGAAUCAAUCAGAAGUUUGGCAAGACAACGUAUGACUGUUAUGAUAAGGAAAGCAUAGCUUUGAGCGUUUGCAACAUUGGUGAGAUUUCAGAUACAAUGUGUCUCUGUAGAAAUGGCCACUGAACAGUAGAUCAGUGUAGAUCAGUUAAUUAACAUGUAUUUAUACAAGACAGAUACAAGGCUUUACAAAGAACGUUUUCAGAAAUUUUAUUGUCAAUGUGACUUAUCCUUCUAGCUAAUCAACUGUUACACUUGCAGUGCAUGUUCAGCUGUAGUAGAAACUAGGAACUCAAACUUCCUUUAAUUAAUGUAUAUUUAGUACCUUAUAUUAGAUGUGGAAUUCAGGUUUGUGAAUUUUUCAUUAUAAGCUUA